AGCCGGCUCAGGUCUCGCAGUCACUUCUCCAAACGGCCCCGGACACAGGUGGUGUCUCCUGCACUCAUCUUCUCCUCUCCAACACCACUCCUCUGUUUCUCCCCAUCCUUCCAGCCAACUCUCAUCUCCCAACUGCAAAAACAUGGAGAAAGUGAAGAACAUCUUCUGCCCCAACAGCCUGCCCCACCAGCUCACCACCUUGACCCUGACUCUACUGGGACUUGCCCUGCCCAUGCCCAUGCCCAACCCUGAUGAGUCUGGAUGCACGGCCUCUGAAACUGCCAAGUACAGCCUAACGUUCACUGGGAAGUGGAGCCAAAUGGCUUUCCCCAAGCAAUACCCCCUCUACCGCCCCCCAGCCCAGUGGUCCCCUCUCAUUGGGGUGACCCACAGCUCUGACUAUCAUAUCUGGCAGAGGAACGAGUUUGCCAGCAACGGGGUGAGGGAGUUCACAGAGAAGGGCGAGGCCUGGACCCUGAUGAAGGAGGUGGAGGCAGCCGGGGAACGCAUCCAGAGUGUCUACGGGGUGUUCUCGGCUCCCGCCAUGGAUGAAGGAACCGGACAGAUGACCUCCGAAUUCGAGGUCUUCGCUCGCCACUCUUUUCUGUCCUUCAUCGUGCGGAUUGUUCCCAGUCCAGAUUGGUUUGUGGGAGUGGACAGUCUAAAUCUCUGUGAAGGCACACAAUGGAAAAACAACAUCACGACAGACCUGUAUCCCUACGAUGCAGGAACAGAUAGUGGCUUCACCUUCUCCUCACCCAACUUUGAGACCAUCCCUCAGGACAAAGUCACACAGAUCACAUCAUCUUUUCCGAGUCACCCAGCCAGUUCCUUUUACUACCCCCGUUUAAAGCAUCUACCCCCCAUUGGCAAGGUUACCCUCACCAAGAUCAACACAAACCAGAUAUUUACCCUUCCCCUGGAACCAACCCAAUCAAACCAGAUACCAACUGGAAACGAGAUAGAAGAUGUCCUCAUAAAUACCCCUUUAGACUGCGAGGUGUCGGUGUGGUCUCUCUGGGGCCUGUGUAAGGGGGAGUGUGGAGAAUCAGGCACAAGGCACAGGACACGUUACAUUCACAUGCACCCGGCCAACAGUGGAGCAGUCUGCCCCCCUCUGGAGGAGGAGAGGAAAUGCACCCCUGACAACUGCUUAUGACUGGGCAGGGGUCAGCGGAGACGCAGACCGAAACACUCCAAAAGACGCCCUCCUAAGAAGGCCAAAGUGUAGAGAACAAUCGCUGGACCAGGUUCUGCUGGGCCUCAUAAACUCUGAGCCAACUCGAUACAGUAGACAGGUCAUCUGCAGUGUGAUGUCAGAGAAGACUCAAGUCCCAAAUCAGCCCUUUGCUCUGCCUCAUGUAUGUACUCCUGAACAUCUGAAAGGAUUGAUAAUGUCAUGUUAUGUAGUAGUGGUUCUUUUUUUCUUUAAUCGUUGAUCUUAAAGGCCAAUUAAAUUAUUUUAAUUCCCAAAAGUGUUAGUUAGGGAGGCAGAGCCUUUCAACUGAAAUGAUCUCUUCACACCAGGUUACAUGAGUUUACCACUACACAGAAAACUAAAAAACUCAGUCACAUAAAUUGUUCAAUUGUUGUUCAAUGAACAGAAUGGACGAUUUCUUCGGACGUAAAAGCCAGAAAGUCGUAAAACCUUGUGAACAUUGAGGUCAAACAAAUAUUGAACUGGGCAGUAAAUUCUAGGUCCUUUAGUGGAUUACCUUCUUUAAAUAGAGUGGAGACUAGAGUUACACUUAAAUUCAGUUUCCUUUAAGUACUGUCAAACUUAGGAAGUGCUCUAAAUGUAAAGUGUGCAUUGUUGUCCUUGAUCAUCUCUUAAUAAAAAGAAUAUAUUUAUUCACAGGUUUUGGACCUGUAAUGUACAGUAAACUGGGCUAAACAGAAAUUUUUAUUUUACGCUUUUGAGAUAUUUGCCAAACCUGAGGGAAACAGUAAAGCUGAACAAAAUGUCUCCCUAAAAAUUGUUGCCAAUUUUAUUGGGUUUUGUAUGAAUUUCCUUUCCUUGUUGAAUAAACAACCAAUUCCAGCAAUUGCUUUCACAUUAAA